UAGAGUAUUUAAAAGGACAUGUGCAACCGGGCAUGUGAAAAAUUAAGAAGAUUAUUAAAUUUAUUUUUAAAUAAAAUCGACACCGCCGAAAAUAAUUCAAAAUUUUUUUUGAAAAUGUAAUUUAACUUAAAAAAAAAACCUCAUAAAACAAAGCAAAAUCAUAAAUUAAUAAAACUACAACAAACAUCAAACGAAAUAAUUUAAAUAAAUUUUUUUUUAAACAACUUUUUCUUUCUCAUGCCAUAUUAAUCCUUUCAGAGGACAAAAUAAAAUAAAUACAGCAUGUAUCACUGCACUAAAGAAAUUCCAAAAAAAUUCAUGAAGACAAAAUUUUUAGGACUCAAAAACUCAAAGAUAGCCACAUUAACAUAUUCCUAUUUUUUGAGUAGACAUGUGAGGUUUAUUUUCAGUAAGACUGGAGUGUGGGCGGAGCAAUACACUGUCAAUCAACGUAAAGAGGUUGAGGAAUUUUGGAAAGGAACUGUCACCAAUGAUCAUGUAUCUUCUAGAGAGAAACAACUUCAGCCAUCAUCUUAUAUACUCUCCAUGUUUCCAUACCCCAGUGGAAAGUUACAUAUGGGGCAUGUUAGGGUUUAUACAAUCAGUGAUGUCAUGGCAAGGUACAAAAGGUUAAAAGGUCACCAGGUCAUUCAUCCAAUGGGGUGGGAUGCAUUUGGUCUGCCAGCUGAAAAUGCCGCCAUUGAGAGGGGCAUCCAACCAUCUGAAUGGACCCUGAGCAAUAUAAAAGCCAUGAAAGAACAAUUGUUACAACUUGGCUGCUCCUUUGAUUGGGACAGGGAAGUUACUACUUGCAAUGAAGAUUAUUACAGAUGGACCCAGCAUAUAUUCAUCAUGUUACAUCAGGCUGGUCUUGUCUAUCAAAAAAUGGCCCCUGUGAACUAUGACCCCGUUGACAAGACGGUAUUGGCAGAUGAGCAGAUAGAUGAGGAAGGAAGGUCUUGGAGAUCAGGGGUUGAAGUUCAGAAAGUGUUGUGUAAGCAGUGGUAUGUUCGGACUACUGCAUAUUCUAAGUCACUGUAUGAUGGAUUGAACGAAGUGGAUGAAGAACUAUGGAGGGAUAUCAUAAGCCUGCAGAGAAACUGGAUUGGUCAGUGUGACGGGGUGAGGUUCCAGUUCCAGACCUGUUCUGGUGAUCAAUCAAGGAAUAGAGAUGAGGAUAUAUCAAUAUUUACGAAACAUCCAUUACAUAUCGCCAACCUAUCACAUAUACUUCUAUCUCCUAAUCAUACUCUCAAUAGGAAAAAAUUUUACAAAGUUUGUUUGUAUAUGUGUUUGUGUUUGAAUAUCCAAGCCGUCAAUCCAUUCACCGGCCGUUUAAUUCCUUUAUUUGUUUCAUUCACUCACUCGUUUGGAGAAUUUCUUGACCAUCACCUGGCUUUUCCCAUGAUAAAUAAACAAGACAAUCAGUUCGCCAGUGAAAUGGGCAUCCUAUUUAAGCCAGGUGAAACAUUCGAAAGUCUCAAUAAUCUUUUAAAGAGGACCGAGGAAUUAAAAAUCGGAAGUCACGUGACGAGCGAGAAAGCUCGCGAUUGGUUGAUAUCGAGGCAGAGGUACUGGGGCACGCCCAUACCGAUUGUCCACUGCAAAAAAUACGGGGUCAGGGCAGUUCCAGUGUCUUUGAACGAUCUACCAGUAAAACUUCCUCCAUACUCAUCUCUACCCAAUAACGAUGAUGAUGAUGAUGGUGAUAAUAAUAAUAAUGGUGAUGAUGAUGGGGAAUGCGAUUGUGACGGCUAUGGAGAGAGGGAGACAGACACGAUGGAUACGUUCGUUGAUUCGUCCUGGUACUUCCUCAGGUAUCUAGAUGCCAAAAACCUGGAUGUGCCAUUUCGUAGAAGUCGUCUGGAGGGCUGCUUGCCUGUGGACCUGUACAUUGGGGGGAAAGAACAUGCUAUCAUGCACUUGUAUUACGCACGCUUUCUACAUCACUUCUUCCACGAUCUCAACUUAACUCCAUGCAAAGAACCAUUUAGGAACCUUUUGACACAAGGGAUGGUUCUGGGGCAGAGCCACAAGACCUCAGAUACGAAUAGAUAUCUGAGGGCAGAUGAGGUUACGUUAUCGCAAGACAACAAAACAUACAUCGAGAAGGCUACUAACAAGCCGCUAAAAACGUGUUGGGAGAAGAUGAGUAAAUCUAAACACAACGGUGUGGACCCCCAGUCUAUCAUGGAUGAAUACGGAUGUGAUAGCACCAGACUAGCGAUACUUGCUAAUGUCUCCCCUAAGUCUGACAGACAGUGGUCCAAUGAAAUUUUUGUAGGCGUUCUUAGGUGGCAGCGUAGACUAUGGGCACUCGCCCACAAGUUCAUCAGCUUAAGGAGCCCAAGUCUCGUCAACAAUCUUAGAAGACCUUCUACUCCUGAUAAUGAUCUUGCAAAUGACGGCGACGAUGGUAAUGAUGAUGAUGAUGAUCGUCGUAAAAAAAUAAGCUUCCAUCUGGAGAGGACAUUCCUGUUGAGUACGUCACUGUCCAGGAUGCAGAUGCUGUCUACAAUUCUAUCGAAAUAUCCGGAGUCAGUAAUAAGGUCAAGCCCCAUGUUCGAGCGAACCCUGUGUGACCUAGUUAUCGUCCUAUCACCGUUCGCGCCUAUGUUCGCAUUGGAAUUGUGGGAGGGCCUAAAAAGUGUUAAUCACACGGAAGAGCAUUACGAUUGGAAUUCAAAUGUCCUGAAGCAAAAAUGGCCGGAAGUUAAUGAUGAUUUUAGGCUUCCAAUGUCUGUAAAGGUCGGUUUUUUAUAA